ACUAAAAUCGAAAAUUCCACGCACGGGAAGUGUGAUUAUGCAAAACCGCUAAAAAAAAAAUGGUGAACUUCUUGCUUAAGAUCAAAGCGGAGCUCGAGAACCUCACGAAUCUUCAGCCUCAAGAUGGUUGCGACGACCCCAACUUCCCUUACCUUUUCAAAGUGAAAUGCGGGAGAUGCGGGGAGGUGAGCCAGAAAGAAACGUGUGUGACCUUGGGUGAAACUAUUCCUCUCCAAGCGGGUAAAGGGACUACUAAUCUCGUUCAAAAGUGCAAGUUCUGUGGGAGGGAAGGAACUAUCACAAUGAUUCCGGGGCGAGGUAAACCAUUGACUCAGGAAAUAAGUGAAUCAGGGGGUUUCUCUCCGUUGAUGUUAUUUGACUGCAGAGGUUAUGAUCCUAUGGGCUUUAUAUUUGGACCUGGAUGGAAAGUAGAAUCUAUAGAGGGGACUAAAUUUGAGGAUAUUGACUUAAAUGGAGGUGAGUAUGCAGAGUAUGAUGAGAAGGGAGAAUGCCCUGUCAUGAUUUCCAGUCUAGAAGCCAAAUUUGAGUUAUUAAAGUAGGAGAUAAUUAUAUGCAAAUUAUUAUAUCUCCCACUGUAAAAGAAAAUGAUCAUAUUUGAAUGCCCCUCAUCUAUCUGUUCUCUUUUUCUUUUUAAAUAAGAAUGAAGUUUGAGGAGUUGGCAUGAACGGUCUUUAUUUGUUUCCUUUUCUUCCCAGUACCUCUCUCUCUCUCUCUCUCUCUCUCUCUCUUUCUUUCUUUUUUUUCAACCUAUGUAUUGCUCAAAACUAGUUGAAUAUAUUUAUAUAUAUAGUUCUCGAAA